GUGAAAAAACGAAUAAUUGAUGAAGAAACAUCUGAAAAAUCUGCACUCAACAAUGACACAAAUGGAUGUAUCACUGACAGACUAAAUAUGUUUAUCCCACCAUCAGUUUCGCCAACAAGUGAAUACUUUUAAGAAGAAGAAAAAAAGUGUCACCAUUUUCCCAAAUAUUCAUUGAAAAAAUAUUGUCCUAACCCAGACUAUUAAAGACAUAUAAAUCGUUCGUUUGUGAUGACAACGAUAACAACAUAGUCGUUAUUUUAUCCUAGGAGACCAUAACGACAUUCUAAAAUAUUUCCCUUCGGGCAAUAAAACAACCCUUCCCAUUGAUUACCAAACUUACAUCCAAUAAAUCGCACGAAUUCUGUGAUUAUCUGCGAUUAUUAUCCAUCAUUGGGGUAGUCGUAAAUUUUAAAUUUCAUCUCUAUCUUGACAUUGAAUUUGGUGCAUAAAGAUAUAGAGAAAAUUAAAACAUUUCAUCAACUUUAGUUUAGAUUUGGUAUAGAAAAUGUUGCUAUAUUCUGACAACAAACUGGAUAGCAGCUAAUCAUGUACGGACAUUUUAAUUUAGUGUUUCGAAGUUUUAUCAUAGAACGCCAAGGUGGAGAGCAGGUGUGGGAGAAAAUUGUCGCACAGUCAAAAUGUGAACCUGAUUUCGAUAAUAACUACGUAUAUGAUGAAGACAUUACGGACAGGAUGAUCACCCGCUCCAUAGAUAUAUUAGGUUUACCUAGGGAACCAUUGCUUGAGAUGCUUGGGGAGUAUUAUCUAAUUUAUAUGCAAAAGCGAGGCUAUGACGAAAUGCUGCGGAAUUUGGGAUCAAACAUACUCGAGUUUCUACAGAACCUCGAUUCCGUGCAUGGCCUCUCCAGGCGUGACUAUCCGGAUAUGGUGGCGCCCUCUUUCCGGUGCGACGAGGGGUCUGUGUCCGAUAGAAUGGUCCUACAUUAUUAUUCAGCCAGAAAGGGUCUAUAUCCUGUUGUAAAAGGUCUCACAGUGGAAGCUGCAAAGGCAUUUUACAAGAUGCAGCUACAAAUGGACGUGCAGAAAAUAGAAACUGAGUGCGUUGCUGACGAAAGAGGCGAACGUGAACACGUUACUUUUGAUAUUAUCGCAAAGAAAAUUAAAGAACAAGUAGUUCAAGAAGGUCCACCAACUUUUAUUGCUCAAACAAAAAAGCACAGUGAAAGACAAAUUUUACAGGAGGAUGUGGAGGCAGUCAAAUUAAAACUUGAACAGAUUCGGAAAGAGUUAGGUGAAGGAGCACUUCCUUUGAACAGGAAAAAGACGGUGAAAGCAAGAUGGCGGAUUGCCGUCAAAAUUACCGCAAUGCACAAAGGUUUCGUUCCAAAUUACCCGCCUUCUCUUCCUAUAAAUCCCCGGAUGUUCAUUGAGAUAUUCCCUUACCACGUGACUCUUGAUAAAGAUUUGAAAAUUGUCCAAUCAGGAUUGAAGUUGCAAAUUCUUAUGCCUAACAUCCGGAGCAGGCAAGCUUUGUUGACAGACUUUUUUACCAUCCGGUAUCCAAAUUGUGUUGACCUGACCUAUAAAAACAUUGAAAGGUUCGUUCUUUGUCCGUUCAUACUAGAACUUCGAAAGGAUGCUAUGGAAGAAAAUUGGUCCGAUAGACCUGCUCUUCAAAUAAAAGGUCAGAUGUUUUUGCUCCGUGACAACGGUUUCUAUGUUUUUAUUGCCUCUCCUGUUGCCCACAGUUGGGCAGAUCUUGAAAACCGGAAGUUGAAAUUUGCUGAUAUUCCAAUGUGGGACGUGACGCGAGAUUUUCUGGUUGCUGACCUCGAAUACCGAAAAUGUUUGGAGAAUAAUGUUCGGACAAGUUUGGGCGGUUCAACGAAUAAUCGAGCAAGAAGAAUCUCAAACCAGUCUGUUGGGCGAGGAAGUAUGGCUGAUGAUGCGGCCGUGAAAGAAAGAUUAAACCGGAUGCAGAAAGAGCUUGACAAUGAACGCCAGCGGAGUAAUACCCUGUAUCUCGCGUUCCUGCCGAAAGAUGUGGUUGACCUUGUACAUAGAGGUCAUAUACCCUGCGGAGAAUUUUACAACCAAGCGUCAGCGUUGUUUUGUGACGUUGUGCACUUUCUCCCUAUGGUUGCCAAGUGCAGCCCCGCCGAGAUCGUAGGAAUUCUUAACUCUCUGCAGGCGAAAUUUGAUAAAGUGACAAGAGUCCACAAUUCAUUUAAGGUUGAAUCGAUUGGUGACGCAUAUUUGGUCAUUGCUGGUGUUGGUGAGAAGAAAGAAUCACAUGCUGAACGAAUCGCUAACACGGCACUAGGCAUGGUUGUCACUGCACGAGAAAUACGUUCACCGCUAGAUGGCGACCCAAUACAAUUACGCAUAGGAGUUCAUACGGGAUCACUUGUGACCGGGAUUAUAGGUCAUAAAGUGCCACGGUUUGUUGUUAUGGGAGAAACAUCGGUUGUCGCCUCCAAGUUAGAGAGUCACGGGGAGCCAGGCAAAAUUCACGUUAGUCCGACAACGUACAGAGCCUUACAGAACAAAAGUUUCGUCUUCGUCGACAGAGGAAAGAUCGAGCUGCGUGGAUAUGGUCCCCUACAAACAUAUUUUCUGGUGCGAAAUGAAGGGGCUACAGACGACGAGUUGAUUGGUCGAUCUAAGUUCGGCAAUCAAGACAUAACGUAUAUCAAUGAAGGUAAGGUGGACACGCCAUUUGUGAAGGGAAACAAAGUGCAUCCUGCGAACGAAAGCCCGUCUUCCGGAGUUGGAAGUCGAACUGCCACUGGAGAGAGCGAUUUUACACCGUUUCAAUAUAAGUGAAUACAACUUGAGGGUAGCGAAGACAUAAAAUGAUGAAAACUGAAUGACAAAAUUACAAAAAGUCGAUUAAACCUUAAAACCUACAUGUUAAUAUAAUUCCUGAAAUUUUAGUUUAGAGUCGAUUGUUGGCUAAUUUAAUGUGUAUAUAUUAGACAUAUUUAACAUUAUGUCGUCCCAUUGGUUUACCCUUACAUUAGGCAUGUAAAUAACAUAUAUUUAAAUAUUUAUAUUUCUGUCAUAUACCUUUUCACUCUAUAUACAGUUAUUUACAUCCAAUCGCUGCCUUUAAAAUGUACCAUGUGACUAUACAAUUGUACAUUUCAGUACUAGUAUCAAAUAUAUAUAUUUGACAUAACAGGCAGGGAUAUUUUUGAGUUGUAUAUGUAUAGGUUAUUUAUUCUGUCUUGUGCAAAUGAAACUGACAGACGUUCUUAUCAGAAUUAUCAUCAUAAUCAUAAUUAGCGUUUCUUCUAUAUAAUAUGAAUAUAAAAUAAAUACUUUAGAUGAUUGAAAAUCUGUACAUUACUGGAUAUAAGUGGCGUUCUAAAAUUUACAUUGACUUUUUUAUGCCUUCCUUUGGUUUUCGCCUAUACUACUGAGUAUUCGCUUAAUAAUAUUCCAAAAAUAUAAAUAACUUGUAAUUAUUUCAUGGAGUUAUUUGUUUUCAUUGUAUUAUAGCCAUAACAUCAUGAUGUCAUUCAUAUGUGAAAUCAAUGGCUGACAUCACUUUGAAAAAAAUUGGGCGUCGAUAUUCGACGUUUUUGGCUAGAUAUAUAGCAUAUCGUGAUAAAUGAAGGCUUAGUAAUUUUUCAUUCUUUAUAAUCAUGUACUUAUAUUAAAGGCAUGGCAAAAAUGCUAUAUAAAUCUCGUCACAGAACAGAACAGAACAGAAAUUUUAUUCAAGAUUUGUACAUGGUACAUCAUCUUACAAUUUGUACAAUUUAAAUAUACUAUACAAUAGUCACAUGCCAUUUAAUGUACAUAAAUAUAGCUAUAGAUCUUAACAUACAUACUUUUAACAAUGAAAAUAUAGAUAAAGAAUACAACAUGAAAUAUUCUGUUUACUUCCUACAUAGAGGAUUAACCAUUCAUUAUUACAUAUUAUAAGACAUGGAUGUUCUAUUAGCCAUAGCAUCUCUGAUAUAGUAAGCCAAGUUACAAAAUAUUUUCUUAUUAUUACAAUUUAACAAUUCAAUAAAUUUGAACAUACUUGGUCUAACAUAGUAGUAUCUCUUAAUAUAUUUUUUACGAAAUUCAAGCAAACAGGUACAUACUAAUAUAAAAUGGUAUUCAUCUUCAAUAUCACGAAGAUUACAAUAUAUACAAUAUCGUUCAUUUCUAGGAAUUCUGUUUACACCAUAACGUCCGGUUUGUAUCAGUAAUGCAUGUGAAGACAUACGUAUUCUACUUAUAUAAAUUCUAAGAUUUCCUGGUAUAAGAUCUAAAUAAUGUUCAUAACCAAACCCACUCUUCAAAUCAUUAUACAAAUUCAAAACUGGGCUACCAGUAAUGUCAGAAUGCCAGUUUUGUAAAAAGUUAUCUAUUACACGUUGCUUAAAUUCGCAGAUAAAAGAUUUAUGACAAACACAACCUUGAUUCUCCCAUACAUCCAUAAAACCAUAAGUGUACAACAUAUCUUUGACAUUAGAUAACCAAUUACGUUUACCACUUGUACAAUCAUUAUAAGACAUUUGAUAUAUUUCUUUCAAAAUAUAUUUCUUCACAGGUUGGCUUAAGGCCUUUUAAACUGUUAAAUAUUAUCAGUCUAUUAUCCAUGAUUGAGUACAAUACUGAAUUGAACAGCUGUCAACCUAUAUCUGAUUAGGUGUAAAAUGAAUGUCUGCAUCAAAUGUACUAUAUAAAGCAAUAUCUCAUGAAAUAUUUCUGUAAAAUCUUUAAACGGUAACAUAGUGUUGUUUCCUUUGUAUAUUCUCGAAAGAAAAACAUAAAAUAGCUGUGUUGUUUAACACACAUGAAUAGUGUACGUAAACAGCAUUAAAUGUUCAGGAACAUAAUAUUAUGCUGUAAAUCUAAGUGGAACUUUUACUGUUAAGCAAUGAGUGCGUGCAUGCACCUUUGGCUCGUAUGGAAAACUGAAAUUUCUUUCAUGGAUGUAUUUUAGAAUUAUUCUUUGCGAAAAAAUAAAGCAAAAUUUUUUUAACAAGAGACAAGAUAUAUAUAGCUUUAUACGCCGUAUACAUGUAUUUUGAGCUGUUGAUAAGCUAUUAUAAUAUAGAAUGUAUUCAUUAUAUGUUAUCAUAUCUGUAUGCCAAGUUUACAAGGAACUUGUGACAGUGAAUAAUAUAAUUUGCAGAACCUCUAUUUCAUAAUUUAAAAUAUAUCUCAUCGGUGAAAUACCGUAUUAAAGCAUGUACGUUAGUAGAAUAUUAGAUAUAAAUCUUUAAACAUAUUAUUUGUACAAGUAGCAAUAAAACAACAUACGUUGAUUGCAUAACAUGUAUUAAAGAAUGUGCAUUAGUAGAAUAUUAGAUAUAAAGCUUUAAACCGGUUAUUUUUACAACUAACACAUUUGUAGUAUUAACCGAUCGUUGCAUUUUGUUAAAACAAUAAUUCUGUGAUACAUUUGCAAGGGUCCUGUAUACCAAUUCUAUAAUGUUAAAAAUUGUUAAGUGACUUUAUAAAGAUUUAUUUUAACAAAGUAUAACCAUGUUCAUCAGAACAUUCAUGUAACC